UACCCCCACGAUUGAAAACCUAUUCGCACCUAGCUUCUUCGUCUUCACAAAAGUUUAGGGUUUAGGACACUAGUUCUUUCUUCUUUGAUAGAUUGUUCUUCGAUUCCUUCUCCAUUCUCCUUCGAUUUCUUCCUCUUAUGAUUUUCUGCUUAAGGCUGUUAUUUUUACUUGAAAUUCUAAAGAAGAAUGAGGUGUGAUUUUUAUAUUUUUAAAUUUCUACCAAAAACUUCAUGCUUCUUUAUUUCUGCAUGCAAUAUAUUGUUAAGAUUAUUAAUGAUUCUUCAUUCUUCUCAACUUAUGAUUAUGUACUUUUAUGUUUCAAAUCUUUACUUUUUUUUUCCUCAUCUCCCAUGUAGCUGCCAAGUUUGACUCUGUUUGAGCAAUAUGGAUUUUAAGUUCAUAGGUUUUUUUAGCUUUAUGCAGGUAACUAACUAGCUAUAUCAUGAGAUUAUGGAUUUUAUUUAUUCUUGUUCUAAAUCUGUUGUUCAUAGUGUAGAUUUGUAUAUUGAUGGGUUCACUUGGCUUUUUUAUUCUUUCACUUUGGAAGAUGUUCAACGUUGUUGGUCUUCUGAUUUCUUAGAUUUGGGUUUUGAAGGUAAUAGAUAGGGGUGUUUGUGAGUUAGAUUUAAUUGGAUUUAAUGAUGUGUUGAUGCAUAAUAUUAGUUUGUAAUAUUGCCAUGUGAUUGACAACCAAUUAUUAUCUUAUUUCCUUCUAUUUUUUCUCAACUAUUUCAUACUUCUAAUAGUCGACUGAUUAUGUUGUGAUUGAUAUAUGUUUACUUUUUGUUAUUACAAAAAAAUAGAAGACCAAGGAAGAAGAAAAAAGCAAAAAAAAGAACAAUGAAAUUUGAGAAAGGUAAAACAUCAACAAAAAGACAAAAGAAAACAAACAAAAAGAACAAUGAGGUAAUUAGCAUAUUACAACAUGACUAGAUUGCUUAAUGAUUUAUGUCUGUUUUACUUCAUGUAAUAAUUAAAUACUGUUUGUUAGUAAAACUAAUAAAUUGUCAACAUACUUUAAUAGGACAUUCCACCUUAUGGGUACUAGGUGCAUUAUUAUUCAAAAUUUGAGAUGAUAGAAAAAUUGUUUAAAUCACUCACACAAGAACAAAAAGAAAAAUUUAGAAGUGGAUCAUUUGGGUUCUUUUUAUACUAGGCCAAUUACUUGUUCAUCUAUUAGGAAGACUAUCUGAAAAAAUAGCAACGAUGAAUGACUAGACUUUCAUCUAGAAGGAUAUAAAGUUUGAUUUUCCUUGAAAGACUUUUCUUUGAUAACUGGUCUUAGAUGUCAUUCCAAAGUCCAUAGAAUUAAGUAAGCGGGAGGAUAGAACACAUUUGUUGAGAGAUAAUAUCUUCAAUAAAUUAGAUGCCAUUGAUAGGGAUAAUGUAGUUGUUUCUUUAGUAGUACGUAAAUAUGACGAUGACUCAAUGAUUAAGCUUGCCAACUUGUAUAUCUUUAAAUGUUUUUUUUUAAUGCAAGCAAAAACAUAAUAAGGUGGAAUGGAAGAAUGUCGAGAUGAUUGAGGAUGGUGACACUUUAAACACCUUUCCUUGGGGUAGGUUAGUUUUUACUUUGACAAUAGAAUUCUUUAGAAGGGUUGCUCAAACCAAAAGUACAAAUUGCACUUUACAUGGAUUCCCUCAAGUCUUAUUAUGUUGGGCCUAUGAAAUAAUCUCAAAACUUUAUGAGCAAAGUGUGGUUCGGAUUGUAACACAAGUGAAUGAAGAAUGCCUAAGAAUGCUAAGAUGGAGACUGACAAAGAAGCUUGAUUGGAACUAUCUCCAAGAGUGCAUCUUCAAAGCAAAUGAUUUUAAAGUUGUCCCUUUGAAUCCAUUUGAAGAUGAAUUACAUUCAAACUAUUUCCAAUAUUUUGCAAACGAGCCACUGGAAGUAAUUGAAGAAAGAUGGAAAUAUAAAAGAUCAAUCUGCUUGGAUGAUGAAGAAUUUUGGAAUGAACAAGAGGUUCAAAGCUUAGGUGUAGAUGGUUCUAAUGGAGGGGACAUCGGAAAAAUAAACGAGGAUUUGGAAUCUUUGAAGGAGGAAACUGUUAAGAUUUCGAAAAAUAUAGUUAUGUUGUUUGAAUUGUUCAACUCCAUGAAUGAAAAAUUAGCUACAAAAAACAUGGAGAAGCAAUCUCAAGACUCCUUCCAUCCUAAUAAACCUCCAAUAGCAAGCCUUCAAAGAACUAAAGAUGAGAUGAAUAUCCAACAGUUGGAAGACAACAAGGUAGUAUAUUUAUUAUAUUUGCUUAACAAUACAAUUUGA